AUGCGUAACAGUAUGCCACCUGGCAUAGGCGAAGACGCAUUGAAAGAAUUCUGGCUUCAGAAACUCCCGUCGAACGUGACCGCCAUACUCGUCAGCCUCGACGCAUCGUUGGACGAACUGGCUGCGCGCGCCGAUCGUAUUUUGGACGUGUCCAACCCGCAGAGCGUCGAUGUUUUGUCCAAGGGGCAAUUUAGCGAACUGGCCGACGCAGUAUCAGUGUUGUCACAGCAGGUCAAGUCCCUCACUCAAAUCGUCAACUCCACGGAUAAACCCUCGCGACCUCGAUCUCGGGCACCCGCGCGCUCGGACGCGCAGCAACCGGGGAAAAUGUGUUUCUACCACACCAGGUUCGGCAAAAGGGCGCGCGCUUGUCAAUCGCCGUGCAGUUUCGAACAGGAGUCGCGGGAAAAUCCCGCGUCCGCGCCCGCGGAAAACUGA